GUUUGCUUUUAAUGUUUAUGAUGUGUGUCCUGCUGGGUCCGUUCCCUAUGUGAGACAUUACUUUGCAUUCCAACGCUGCUAACUUAAGGGCUAAUGCUACCUACACGUCGAUACUGUUUACAUUAUUUUUUUAGUUUGAAUUAGCCAAGUCACAAUGUAGCAUCCCCGAAAUAUUUCCCAACUUGUAGGGGAAAGCAGUACAUGGUACAUGUUUGCUCACUUCACAACACAAAGCAAAGUGUCAAUAUCCGGGUUAGCUACAGCCUUUGUUGUCUGUCAAAAUACUACGAUCGUAGCAAGGUAGUGCAGCUUAUAAUACAUUCCAUUUGUUUGAAAAAUGAUGUACAUGUUCAGCUGGUGGAUAUUAGCAGGAUUAGCUAGUCCACUAAGUUCAACCGGAACUUGUGCUGUAAAGUCAGAGCUGAAGCCCACAGGCGCACCAGGAGAUGGCGUGUGUCUUCUGUAGUUAAAUAAAGUUAAAUAAAGGGCUUCAAGAUGAGCCGAGCUGGGGACACAACAGUGGUCUCUAUUUUUUACAUCUGUGAGGCGAGUCCGGAACCACGUCUACAAAGUGCAACACCAAAAACGGCGCAGUCUCUUAUACUGUGUAGUUUCACCAGAAUCACAUCACGCAUCAAUGUUCUACUGCUGGUUAUGCUACAGCCGACUAGGUAUAGAUUGAUAUAGAUUGCAUUUAACUGAGCUUGACAGGACAUAGAAAGGGGGACUAUAUGACACCUGUGUUGCACUCCCACCAUUGGCUUCCUGUUUGUUACAGGAUCAAUUUAAAAUGUAUUUUUAAAUCUCUUAAUGGACUGGAUCCACAUUACGUGGCCCCUCCGCUGCUCCUGGAUUGGUCUAAAACUAGGCAAACAACCAAAGUAGAUCGCGCCUUUGCAGUAUCUGCCCCAAAUUUGUGUAACAGCUUACCACUCCAUAUUAGAUCUGCCUAAGUCACAUUGAUACAUUGGGAUAAACAUGUGCUUCCCAGACCUGACUGGUCUGGGAAGUCUUAAUAAGUCAAGACCUUUCAGUGCUUAUGUAUCAGUACAGGGCCCCAUAUUUUGUAGCCGAGAUGAAUCAGCUGUCUCAUUAAUCUUCCUUUAUUCCCAAAUUUAGCCUUUUUGAUCGGCUAUUUUGGUUUCUGUGAGAGCUUUUUGAGCUAAGGAGGUCAUAGCAACAACAACAACAAAGGAGAUGAGCAACAAGAGGAAACCAGAGAGCCACUCGAGGGCACCGAGCAGACCACGGGUCAUGAAGUCCGGAGGCUCCCGUGCUGAUUCGGAGAGGGACUCUGGAUUCUCAGAUGCAGGCUCAGAGCAUAUGAGCACUAUGGACACUACCGACUCUGAGGAUUCGCCCUGCCCUGUUGUGCAGCAGGGACCACAGGCGCCUGGCUCUCGGGUGGCUGUGUUAGGAGGCUCCUACUCCAACCUCUCUCGCAUGAUCAUCAUGAACAAUGUCCUCCUGAAACCGCCUGAAAACAACCCUCCUGCUCUAAAGCCUUGGGCCUUUAGUCCCGCUGUGGAGGUGGUUCAGCCUGUGGUCCAGCAACCUCAGGUCGUGUUCCUCCAGCCUGUGGUUUCUCGUCAGUCUUCCCCUGUCUCUAAAGAGACCACCUCCAGACACAAACGCCCUAAGAAGUAUCUUCCAAUCCUGAAAUCCUACCCUAAGAUUGCACCACAUCCCGGAGACAAAUCCUCUUCCUCAGGGAGAGGAACUGCGUCCUUGUCUUCACCUUCCUCCUCUUCUUCUUAUUCCUCUUCCUCCUUAACGGAUUCAAAGAGAGGUAACAGUCUGAUCUCCAACCACCGUGAACACAGUCAAAGAGAAAAACAUCCAAGAAGUGUGUGUGGUAGUGUUAGUAGCUCUGGCUCGAUCAUUACCAGUCUUCCUGGUGACCGCGGCACCGUCUUGUCCCGUCUCCAGAACCGACUUUCUUCCCCUACAUCAGAAUCCAGCGCCAGCAGUAGUCCUGCCAGGGAGAGGCCUUCCUCGGCCAUCAGCCAAUCAGAGUUUACCACCUCCCUUUCGAUCACUCAGACCACCGAUUCCAAAAAACAGACACUCCCGUUUCCACGGAUGGACGCCCAGGAGAACGUUAUGCUGGAAGAAAGCGACCUAAGUGACAAUGAUGCUGAUACAAAGAGGAAGCGCUUCUGUAACACCUACAACAUUCUGAGCAAAUCUGGCCUGCUCGACAUUGCUCUUCGUACCAAGGAGCUCCUCCGGCAGAGCCGACACACCCAGAAUGACCUAGACCGGCUGAAAGAACACACAGACCUCUUCUUCCAGGCCCUGCGGAGCGGUAACACUAGCAUCUGUAUUAAGCUGCAGGCCAGCCUUCAGGAGGAGGACAGAGAGCCAGAGGGGGAGAGAGCUGCUCAGACCAGCUUAAAGGCAGAUUAAACCUGGGUUAGUGCAAGACAGUGAACCUUUAGUCUGGGAUGGGGAAGGGAAGGCCAUGGUUGGGGGGCGUCACAGCGUUGCAGAGACAGAUGGACUGAAAGUAAUGUGCUCCACAAUAUAUACCCACCCCAGAUUCUCUCACACAGACAGUGUGCUGUGGCCUACAUUUUGGCUUCUGCCUGCCCAAGGGCUCUGACACACCGAGCUGACCUCACACAAUUGAUGCAGAUGAAGACUCUUUGUGGCCACGCAGCUUCUGAUAAAAGUCCCACUGAAAUUCAUUGCAAGAAUAUCUAUACACAUGAUAAUGUGUAGCUUUUAAAAGUUGCCUGCAAAUUAAGCUUUGCUAUACCUGAUGGUCAGUCAGUCUAAUGUGUUAGGCUUGUAGAAAGAGAAAAGAUGUAUACAAAUGUUUGCUAAAGAAUUGCUUGAUUAGUCUCUGUCAACUCACCCACUGGGGCUUAUUCGAUAGCGUAAUACUGUGAGUGAUGGUCAGCCGCUCCCAUAAAGCCUGGUCACCUACUGUCGACUAGAAGUGUCAGGGAUCAAAUGAAAGAACCACAGCACACUGACCCUGGUUACAACUCUUCCACUGAAACCGCUGCACAGAACUAUUUGUCUCAUUGGCAAUCAAGACCCAAAACGAGAGGAUUGGAACUAACGUAUGAAGGAAGAACAGAAAGAAAACCUUUUCUCUAUGUCAAAAGCACAACAGAGGCUCAGAAUCUGAGUUUGAUUGAUUAGAACACCGGGGGCAUAAAGUGCUCAAGUCAGGAAUGAAUUCAGAUUUUUUGCAUCAUUCAUGCUUUCCUUUAUGCUAUGUUACACAUAAUACUAAAGAUAGAUGCACAAACUCUGAUUACGACGGGCCUAUGGGAUGAAUGUGUUCAGGCCUUUUGCCAGUCAGCCUCUUCUAACAUGUGCCUAAUGGGUCUUUCAAUUCCUGUUCUGUUUUAAAAACUUGAUGUGAAAGAUUUAUUAAGGCCGGCCGACAGUUUCAAAUUCAGCAUUCCCAUCAUGUUUGCUGUGAUAUGAGGCAAACUGGCUGCCAGUAAAGCUCCUAACAGCCUUUUAAAUUCUUCCCUGGCGAGAUCCUGUUAUCUUCCUGUUGCGCAACCAUUGACUUGUGUAAUCUUUGUUUUAUAUAUGUAUAUACGCAUGGUUGUAAUUUAAUGUGAAAUGUAUGAAAUAAUCGUGAGUCCCCUUAGACAAACAUCAAGUGUCUUGAUGAAGAGCAGCUGUCGUGCAUAAACUUCGGGCCUCUUGCAUCCAUGGUUUUGAUUUUCUAUUCAACAAGUCACAAGUCCAACAGUUAGACAGUCAUAUCAGGAACAGUUUUGUGUUUAUUGUUGCAUAUUUGUACUUUUCUAGUUAUGGCCUUAAUAUCCAAAUCCUGUGUCGGUCACAGACCUUUGAAUUUGCACUAAAAUGAUGGAAGCCCAUUUUCCUGGUUAGAAUUAAAUGGCAGCUAUGGGAAAUAAUUUUUUUGCAAACAAGAUUGCAGACUUUUUUAUUUUUCAAGUGCAUUGUGAGUCAUCAUAAGCACAUGACCAGUAAAUACAUACUGCUCCUACAGUAAAGUCGUACAUUAGAUUAUACUGAGAUUUUACGAUUACUAGCAGUUUUCUCAAUAUUAAACAUUGCUUAUCAAAUGUCUUUGUCAAUUAAAAUAUGAAAUGUUUGUGACGAUAAUGUGCUUGUUGUGCUUAUGUUGACUUGAAAUGACUCACUGGGCAAAUCGUUCUAUCCAACUUCUGCCAUUUAUAAACCAUGUCCAUGUGAACAUCAGUACAGUUGUGAGGGUCGUGUGUUUUGUAACCAUUGACCAACCAAAUCUCAGAAACAUGGCCUCUUGUCAAUUUAAUGUGUUUUCUCUGUUGUUUUGUUUUUGUAGGAACUAAAGCGCACACAAAAUUACAGCCUUUAUUUUGUUAACUGAAUGACACAACAAGAGUUCAUGUUUUAUUCAGUCGUUCUUGCUGAUUAAAUCGUUGACCAGA